AUGCUCCUCAACGAGAACAUCACCAUACAUGGCGACAAGGUCAUUCUCACCUACCACGAGUGGAUGAAGUCGCCUGAGCUCUUGGAGUUGACAGCCUCUGAACCUCUAACAUUCGAAGAAGAGCUAGACAUGCAGCAGCUUACCUUCAUCCUGUUGGCACGGCCGACGGAACUUCCAGCAUCCACCACGCCUGUUGUUCCUCCGUCAGAGUUGUCCAAGUGCCGAAUGAUCGGUGACGUCAACCUGUUUCUUCCCAACGGGCCCCAAGACGAUGUCGAGUGUGAGAUUAUGAUUGCAGAGGCCGACUUCCGUCGCAAGGGAUUGGCCUUCGAGGCACUGCAACUCUUCCUCACCUACGCCAUUCACUCAGACCUGCAGAUUCCUCCUGCCAACCUCAUAGCUCGGAUUGGCUCGAAGAAUACAGCGUCCAUUGCGCUGUUUGAGCGGCUGGGGUUCAAAACAGUCAAGGUUGUCAGUGUGUGGGAUGAGGUGGAGAUGAGGUGGGGGUGGGACACGGCUGCAGAAGCCGUAAAGGGAACGAGCGCCGACUGGCCCUCCGCUUUGCUCGAUGGGCGUUUGGGUUCGUACGAAGCGAGGUCGUGA